AUGACGCGGUACAGGAGCCUACGGGAGCAUAAAAGUGUUCUUGACUUUGGGCGUGACUGGCGGGACUGGGAAGUGGACAUUUUCCAGGAUGACGAAACGGUGUCGAAUGCCACGACGGAAACGGGAACGGCGACAAGCAUUGGCGCCUGCAUCGGCAUUGCCGUCGACGAAGAGGCGAUGUUUGAUGAGGUGCAACCUACGCAACGGCAGCAAACACCGGCGUCGGUGAGGAGACGACGCACUGCGCCGUUGCUGGCAUCAUCUGCAUCGACACCGCAAACAUCAUCGGGGGCACCGCAAUUGACGCUGCAAUGGCAAUGGCACGACCUUCUGGAUGAGAACAACGACAACAGGAACAACAGCAGCAGCAGCAAUAAGAAGAACAACAAGUUCGCUUUCGACCAAGGAUCCCCCAUCAGCCGCGCCAGUACUGGCUACGGUCUUGCUAGUGCAGCUGGACGAGGAGGAGGAAGAAGAAGAAGAGGAGGUGUCCCGACGCCGCCGCCCCAAUCCCCUACCCCUUUGUACGCUCUUGGCCCCGGUCCGUCUGUUCCAUCUGCAGGAUCAGCGUUAUUACAACACGCCGCUGAAGCGUCAGCUGCUGAUGCGGCGCCGAGAGCGAAACUGCGUGCAUCAGAUGCCCUCGCGCCGGCUCGGGGAACCGCACCAACACCAACACCACCACCACCACCACCACCACCACCACUUGAACCACCACCGCCGCCACCGAUACCACCACUCCCUCUUGGGUUACCACCGCCUGUACCGACCCAAGCACGCGACCGACUCCUCUUCCCGCUCCCCAGCCCUCAUCUGCGGCCUCGCUCCCACAAUCCGGCCCUGCUCUCUUCCCACUCGUCAUGCGCCGACCUUGAGCUCUCUGCCAGAGCCGACCACACUCGUUCCCAAAUCAUCACCAAGCUUGCCCUCCAGCCUGUCCUCGACCAGGACCUCAUCCGCACCGCUCAGUGGGAACAUCACAUCUCCCGGAAGGAGGAACAGCACCAGCACCAACAGGCCGAGGAAGAGGAAGCGCACCGCCGUCGCAGGGGUCAGGAACAGGAACACACCGCCCGCUGGGCCGAAGAGGUUUCCCGUCUUGAAGCAGAGACCGAUCGCAUCUUGGCCGAGCAAAAAGCAAAGGAUCUCGCUCGACUCCAGGCUCAAUUGGAUGCUAUCCCCGACGCCCCGCCCCGAGUUCGAAGUCCUAUAGUCGACAAGUUCGCCUUCUUUCUCAGAAAAGGUCGCAGGUCCGACCCUGCCACUCUCACCAAGGCCCCUUCUGCAUACUUUCGGCCCCUCACCCUCGAUUGUAGGCCCGUGAGCGAGAUGGACCCCUCGCGCUUCAUCCAAGCCGGCGGCGGCGGCAUAGUUCCCCGGACCGACGCCCCGGCCUCGGCCAGCAAUGCUGGUGAACGCCGAGUGACGAUUCGCUGCCUGCAGUCGUCCAUCAGUUUACCUGUGACGCCUGAUACGACCCCCAGUGAGAUACUGUACUCGGCCGCCAACCUCAUGACCCACAACAUCAACCCGAAAACCAGCGUAGUGCACGAGUGCUACUUCGCCUUCGGUCUGGACCGCCGGUUGAGACGCUACGAGCGUGUGAGGGAUGUCUUGAAUUCCUGGGACCGCGACACCCAGCAUUGCCUACUUAUCAUCCCAGGUGACUCUGUAGACACGAACCCCGACCUGAACCUCGAAGGUGUGCCUCGCACCAUUGAUCCGCCCCCAGGUUUCGCCAAUUUCGCGCUGUACCACAGUCAGCGACCUGGGAAAUGGAACAAGCGCUACAUCACACUGAUGGAGAGCGGUCAGGUAUUUUCUUCCAAAAAGAAGGACGCCAAGCUGUCGGACAAGGACGCCGUCUCGCUGUGCCAUUUGUCCGACUUUGACAUAUAUGUGGCCACCGAGAAGGAUAUAAUAAAAACCAUCAAGCCACCAAAGAAGAACUGGGUUGCGGUCAAGAGCCAGCAGAAGCAUAGCGUUUUCCAGAACACCGAAAAUUUUAUCCACUUCUUCGCCACGGAUGACACCAGGCUCGCCGAAGACUUCCGGAAGACCAUUCACGGGUGGCGCAGCUGGUACUUGGUCAACAAGAAAGUCGAUCUGACCAAGAAGUCAAAGCCUCACCACGGCGGCGCCGACAAGGCCGUCUCGAGAGCCGGCAAUCUUUCCAGAAGCGGGACCGUGCACCGGACCAGGGCCUCUAUCGACGAGACACCCUACACGAUCGGGACGUUCUCCCCGCUACUCGAUAUGGACAAGUUCGACAAGCCGGUGGAGGAUUUUGGCAAAGACUCGGACAGACAUGCGGCACGACAAGUGGAGCAGCUCUCCACGUCCAGACACACCCACAAGGUUGUCUCGCGAUCAAGGACUACCCCCAAUCUGUCCCAACCCGCGGCGAAGAAGCUCAUCGACCCCUUCGCUAGGGACCAGGAGUUCAGGUCCGGUGGUCUGCUCGGCCACGGCUACGAGGGGCGCAAACAACAGGCAGAGAAGGCCGCCGCCGAAGAACAGCACCAGUCGCCCGACAAUCCCUUUACAGGGGGGCAGUCGCUUCUGAGCCAGGUUCCGGAGCCCGACAGGCAGUUGCCGGAGAGAAGGGGUACAGUGCGGUCAUCUCGAUCCAUGGCAAUAGACCCGACACCUAUACCGCGGAGCCGAUCGCGGCCCGUAGCGGCCCGUCCGACCGCCUCGUCCCGUCCGAAAACAUCCGACGGCGGGUCAUCGUCGUCGGGGAGGCGAGAGAUGCCGCAGCCUCUCGUUGACCUGACGCCUAAGGUACCCGAUCUGCCUGCCGCCUGGCGAGACGCCCAGGGCCGCGGCGUCAAAGCGCCCAGCGGCAAGCCUCUGAUCGACAUGGCGACGGGAUGGGACCAGCCAGAUGCAAACCUGGGACCCCAGCUGCAGACCAGCGUGACAAAGGCCGUGAUGCAGUGCCUCGCGUACCACAAGGUCUUGGACGGAGCGGCACCGUCAGGCACUGAGGCUGCCGUUGACGCCGUUGAGAGACGCUGA